ACAAUAAUUUCACUUUUUUCUUUUAAUUUCAUCUGCAAAUUUAUUUUGCACAAUCAUUUUAUCUAUUCAUAUCUUUUGUCCACUCGUAGAAGACUUGCUUAGAAAAGACACAUAUUGUUAUGAGAGACGAUUUUUCCAAGAGAAUAUUAUACAUAAACAAUUAAUAUAAAUUAAAAUAAAAAUAAGAAUGAGCAUUUUCUUUUGAGGUGUAUGUCUUCCUGCUUUCAUAUUCAAUUUCUUUCCUGAAACUACUCGAAUCUUUGAGACAUGAAAAACUCUCAAUUGUUUCUCAAAUCAGCCAGACAACAAUGCAAGUUAGGGUUUUCAAAUCUCAAUUUACCCAUUUCCCUCUUCAAUCAAAUGAUCUCAUUGCGUUCUCUCCCUUCCCGUAUCGAUUUCAUUCAUGUUUUUACUGCCAUCCAAACUAUCAUUUCUCUUUUCAGGCAGCUUGAAUUAUCUGGUAUUCGACCCGAUAUUUAUUUAUUAACUAUUCUUACUAAUUGUUAUUGUCAUUUGGAUUGCGUCGAUUUAGGGUUUUCACUAAUGGGAAGGUUAAUAAAGGAGGGAAAUCGGAGGGAGUAUAUACUUUUUAACGUAUUAAUCAAUGGGUUUGUUCACUGUGAUCGGUUCCCUCUAGCUGUUCAAUUGUUCGAUAAAAUUGUCAAACUUGGUUUUCAACGCAUUUUCACCUAUAAUGCAAUUGCCAAAGGGUUUUGUAGGAUUGGAAAUAAUGCUGGUGCUCUCGACUUGUUUACCAAAAUGCAAUCGGGUUUUCACAAACCCGAUAUCUUUACAUAUAACACCAUUAUUGACAGUUUGUGUAAGGAUGGAUUGUUAAAAAAGGCCUUGGACUUAUUUUCUGGUAUGAAAAGUAAAGGAAUUGGACCAAAUGUUGUUACUUAUACCUCUUUGUUUCGAGGUCUUUAUAGUCAUGGGUUGCAGGACGAUGUCAAGGGCGUGUUCUUUGAGAUGUUAGAAAGCAAUAUUAUGCCAAAUUCUCAUACCUUUAACGUACUUGUUGACAUGUUUUGUAAAGAUGGGAGUGUUGAGGAAGCGGAGAGGGUUAUGAAGCAUAUGAUUGAGAGAGGAGUAGGCCCUGAUAUUUUUACUUAUAAUGCUUGACUUGAUGGUUAUUGUUUGCGUGGUCAGAUGGAAGACGCAGAAAAGUUGCUUGAUUGUGUGGCUCAAAAUGGUUGCAAGCCUAAUAUUGUUAGUUUUAAUAAUAUGAUUAAUGGAUAUUGCAAGGCAAGAAACAUUGAUGAGGCCAUAACCAUGUUCCAACAAUUAUAUCAGAAAGGUAUUAUUCCUUCUGUUUUUACCUAUUCUACUCUUAUUGAUGGACUUGCAAAGCUAAUAAGACUCCCACUUGCACGUAUUCUAUUCAAAGAAAUGAAAGAUUAUGGAAUUCCUCCGAGUAUUGUCACCUAUGCUUCAUUGCUUGACGGCCUAUGCAGAAGUGUGCGAUUGGAUGAGGCAGUGUCAUUACUUGAAGAUAUGGAGGAUCAUAUCCUGAUGGAUAGCUAGUGCGAGUCUGGGCGACUUGAAGAUGUAGCGCAUUUCUUCUCCGAUCUGUUAUCGAAAGGUCUGCUACCUGAUUGUAAAACAUACAAUAUAAUGAUCAAAGGGUUCUGCAAAAAGGGUGUUAUGAGUGAAGCUAUUGAGCUAGUUUUUAAAAUGGAAGAACAGGGCUGUUUUCCUGAUAGUGUAACCUAUAAUCUUAUUGUUAGAGGAUUUCUUCAAAAUAAUGAUUUUCCGAAUGCAUCAUACUAUUGUGAUGAAAUGGUUAGCAAGGGAUUUGAAGCUGAUGUCAAGACAUCAUCAUUGUUUAUUAGCCUUUUGCCUCAGGGGAACAAGGAUUUGCUGCAAAAGUUCAUCAAAUAGCAGCGGAAGUUUUAGGGCAAGGUACAUGACUUAUGCAUUAGCCAUCAGGUAUCCUUUAAAUUGUAUUAUUACAUGAUUAUGUUGAUAUUAAUAUUCCUUUUACAAAUCGCAUAGGCAUAGCUAUCUGUUGUGUUCAAUGUCACAUGAUUUACCAAUCUCCCCGCGAAUCGUGAAUUCAAAAGGCCAAUUAUUUACACUGGUUGUGUUUAUGUCCAGUUUCAUGUCUUAUGUUAAAUGGCUUUGAUUGUGGCUAACCUUCUGGAUGUGAAAAUUGUUUUUCUUAUGUCCACUGUGGUCAAUGGUGUGUCAAAGCUCAGAAUGUGUGUUAUAUCCUUAUAGCAUCAUUCUAAUAGCUUUUUGAUGAUUGAUUCAUAGGAUCUAUAACCCAGCAGUUGAUAUCUGAAAUGUUAAUAUUCAAAAGUGAAUUUCUUUUCUGAUCUUUCGGUCAAUAGUUUCAACUGGUAAUCUAGAGGGGUCAUUAAAGCUGAUGCUCCCUUUUCAUGUUAAUAAGCUACGAGAAUGGGUCUGAAAACAACCACUUGAAUUGCCAUCCCAUUCCACUAUGGUUGGAAAUGAUUCCGCGGAUAUUCUUGAUUUAGUGGUUUAUGAGAAGUCGAGAAGAUCCAGAAAAUGUUGGGUUAGAAGAUCCGAAUAAGGAGGAGAGCUGAGUUUUUCUUGUAUUCAGCUAACUGAAUCAUAUUUAGAGUAUCUAUGAAGCUAUUCAAGGGGUUGAACAAGAUGGGCAUUGUGCUGUUAGUACUGUGACAAAUUUACGAGCUUCUAUUCAAGGGUCCAUGUCCAGUAUUUGAAGAAACAUAUCAUCUGAAGUUAGUACACUUCGUACGUAAUUGUAAUUGGGAGAGAUAGAAUGAGGCGUUAUGAUGGACAAUUUAUGCAAAUCGGAUAGUCUCCACAAAUUGUUGGUGAUCCUCCUUUAAAUUGAUACUAUAAAGUUAAAGUUAUAUGUUAGGAUCAUAACUGCUAUUCAAACUUUUGAAAAAUAAAGUUUCCAACCUAUGCACUACACAAGUAUAUGUUUAGACAAUAAAAUUGAUAGCUAUUUUAAAUUUAAUUUAAAAUAUUUUUUAAAAUAUUAUUACAUUUAUCUAUUUCAGAAGAUAUGUUUAUUAAGUUUAAAAUAAUUAUUAAUUUAUUGUCUAAAUUUAUACACUAAGUGCAAAGGUUAGAAAAAAUUAUAAUAAGUAAAUAAAUAUGGAAAAAUAAAUUGUAAAAAAAAAGAAAGAAGGAAAAAAAAAUCAGUUCCUUCCCUUCCCAUUCACUGUACAGCCCAGAUGAGUAUUUUUUAUUUUUUAUUUAAUUUUUUGUUUUUGAAAUACAAAUGAGUUUUUUAAGGAACAAUUAAUUGGAUUUAUAGUUCAUUUCAGAUAGAAUAUAUAUAAUACUCCAUAUAAAUUCCUUUCUUUAACACGGUGUUUGAACAUAAAAAGCUCGAGUUAUUUUGUUAUCAUUACCCAAAAAGGCAGAAAUCGGGGCGGGACUCUUUCCGAUUGACCCACGCGAGAUAGCGAUGAAUGUGUCGAAGGCGACGGAGGAGGAGAAAGGAGAGAUUUGUAGGAUUUGUUUGACUGAGUUUAAUGUCGGCGAUGAUGUAACGAAGACGGUUUGUAAUCAUAAGUUGGAUGGGCUUUGCUUGUAGACAUGGCUGUAUGAUCACUGUUGGGAUGAGUUAUCCCACGUUAACAAAUUAAAGAUGAUGUACACACUUUAUAAGUUAUCGGAGUCCUUCUUUUCAAUGCCAUAUGAUUUUUGGAUGGUAUAUACUCUUUGACUUAUAAAGUGUAUGUAGCUUAUGUCUUCUCGUUAAUAUGCUGACAUUCACAAUAAGUCUAGCUAAAACAAUCAAAACAAUUGCCCUUGUUGUCGACCUUUACUAAUGUGAAAA